AUGAUGCACUUUAGGAAGAAGUCAAGUAGUUCCGGUAACUCGGAUGGCAGUGGUGGUCAUGGGGGUCAACAAGCAAAAGUUCAGAUUUCCAGAGAGGAUGCCGACCGUUUGAAGAUUCGUACUGGUUCUAUUGCAGAUCCUAUAUUGGAAGCUGUUCAGGAGGCCCAGCCUUUUGAACAGGCAGCAGAGACUUUCCAGGAUAAUAUGAAUAGGAAAUCAUAUUUCUCAGUGGAUGGAUCCGGAGUUCUACGUGAUGUGUUUGGACAACCUAUUAACCAGCCAGACGUCUCUAAUCCAACUAGAGCAAGAGAUGAGAGACCAUUGGAUACGAUCAGAAGUUUUGAGUAUGCAGUUUCAGGAGAUCCAAGUUGGGCCCAACAAUUGGAAACACCGCAAUACGGGUUCCGAGUGAGACCUGAUUUCCCCUUGUUUGCCUCGAAUCCUUAUGGUGCACCUCAGGGUAUGGCUCCGCAACAGCAAAGUUAUGCUGAACAAACUGUGUAUCAGGCUCCAGUCGAUACGGGGGAGCAGCAAAAGAAAAGAAAAGAGAGGUUUCUUUGGAAGGAAGAAGAACAAGAACUGAUAAAAGCUUAUUGA